AUGGCAGAUAUUUCUCACACAGAGCCUCGAGGGAUUGAAAACUUAGCGGCUACCGCAGAUGACGGAUCUGAUUUGAGACCUGAUUCAGUCAUAUCGCAACAACCACAGUCAAACGACAAUGGCCGAGCCGAGCUCACCGUGUCCACAGUCAACUGGAGGCCGAAUACCGUGACGCCGCUCCGACCGAUGCAUGGACUGGACUUCCUCAUCGGUGUGUCGAGUCUUCUCAUCCAGCAGACUGUAGAACUCAAUGAUUUAACGUCAAGCAUAGACUCAGAGAACUGGUACAUAGUGAGGGUACCGAAUGGCCCGUCACUAUUCUUGGCUAGUGAGAAAUCUUCGAAGACACAAAGACUCCUCUGCGGUGUGGGGAGGGGGUUCACAUUGCACCUCCAUGAUAACAGCAGGCAAGGAGCCAUGGAUAUGGAGAGGCGAUUGGCUGCUGCGUCUUGUUUCUUUCCUUUCAGAUUACAGGAAAUGAAAGUAAUUACACCACCAGGAGACUACAUUGGUCGCAUCCAGCAACAGUGGACGUGGAUGGUGCCCUUCUAUCUAGUGAGGAAUAUUAAUGAUGACGUCAUAUACGUUAUUGAAGGUCCGGCUAGACUGAAUAAGAGUAACUUGAUGUUAUCAGAAUUUAAGAUAUUGACUAGUGAUUCUCUCCGUCAAGUGGGCAAGAUCUUCCACAGCUGGGAUCGUGAGCUGGUCAGUUUUGUUACGACUGUGCUAUUUCCAGACUGCGCAGUGCAGCCCAAGAGUAAAGCUCUCCUUUUGGCUGCUACAUUUUUACUGGAAUAUACGUAUUUUGAGAGAGCAAAAACAAGCUGUCUACGAUGCAACUGUUGUUGA